AUGAAAGACGUCUCUACCAGUGAAGACGAUUCAAAUCUACUUGUAAUCAUUCUUGACACAAACCCAUUUGCAUGGAAUGAUUCAGCAAAAGCUAAAGUUCCAUUAUCUUUGGACGAUGCUUUAAAUCAAAUCCUUGUCUUUGUUAAUGCCCAUUUAUCACUUAAGCAUAAUAAUAGUGUUGCGGUCAUAGCCAGCCAUGUUGGUCAUAGCAAGUUUCUGUAUCCAUUACAUGAAGAAAUGAGUAUGAAUGGAAGUAGAAGAGAUGCGAAUAUAUAUCCUAUAUUUCAAUUUGUGACAGAACAAGUAGUAUCCAACCUUCAGAAGCUAUUCAAUACAGAUACAGACUUUUUAAAAAGAGACACAGGAUCUAUGCCGACAAUUACAGGAGCCUUAUCGAUGGCAUUAUGUUAUAUCAAUCGUAUCACUAAAUUGGAUGAUGAAGGAUAUAUUAAACCUAGAAUAUUGGUAUUAUCCGUGUCGCCUGAUUCAGCCUUUCAAUAUAUCCCAUUGAUGAAUUGUAUAUUUUCAGCACAGAAAGCAAGUAUUCCAGUAGAUGUGUGCAAGAUCUAUGGAGAAGAUAAUGCCUUUUUACAACAAGCAUCCAAUAUCACAGGUGGCGUCUAUGUUCGAGUGGAUAAUGCUCAAGCAUUAUUGGAAUAUCUCUUGAUGGCAUUCCUGCCUGAUAGAUAUUCACGUAACUUCUUAAACCUACCAACACAAGAUCAAGUUGAUUUUAGAGCAGCUUGCUUUUGUCAUAAACAAAUUGUUGAUAUUGGAUUUGUUUGCUCUGUGUGUUUAUCAAGUAUAUUAUUCUGUAAAUGGUCUCCUGUUUGUUCUACUUGCAAGUAA